AUGGGCACAGUAACAGGCAGUGCGACUGACACACCCAGUGUAACGGGCACAGUAACAGGCAGUGCGACUGACACACCCAGUUGGUGGGACACAGGUGUUCGGUGCGGCAAGGAAGGGUACGACAAGGUGCUGGUGGAUGCAGAGUGCACGCAUGACGGCUCCCUGAAGCACAUACUCAAGUACGACUCGUGGGGAUGGCACACUCUCAACAAGAGGUUCCUUGACCCCCAGCGGCUUAGCACCCUCGCAGCACUGCAGCGAUCCCUACUUGAAACAGGCUUCUUGCUUCUGAAACCAGGAGGGAGGCUGGUGUACUCUACGUGCAGUUGA